AUGCUGCUCGCAAUUUCUCAAUCUUUCCUUCUGAUUCUGGUCCAUGCAACGGCGAUCACCGUGGAAAAAGAAGAAAGUACAGUUUGUUCAACGGACGAGUGCAAAGAAUUCGCAAGGACGAUACUGAGGAACAUGAACCACUCCGUGGAUCCUUGCGUGGACUUCUAUGAAUAUGCAUGCGGCAAUUGGUCGGGAACUGGUCUACUUUCAUCUGGAGAGAGUUCGUGGAAUAUGCGAAAAGUCUCCAAUAGCGAGAACAAACGAAAAGUCGAGAAGAUGUUGAAGCUAGAGCCAGGAAACGAUGAAAUUCCAUCGGUGAGAAUAGCGAAAGAAUGGUACAAGGCUUGCAUGGACACAGGUAUCCUAUCAAAUUUAACCCUUUACAGACUGGUAGAUGGUAUGAAUAAACGAGGCAUGGUGCCAUUAGUGUCGAUAUUGAAUGAAAUCGGUGGAUGGCCGAUAACAAUGGCGCUGAACAAGUGGAACGAGAGUGGACAGAAAUGGCAGAACAUCGACGAUUAUUACGCUCAUUUAAGGGGAUCCAAUUUGUUGCACGACGUCCGUGUAGCGGCGUACGGUGGAAAUUCGAGCGAGCUGACCAUUGUGUUGGACGUACCAGACAUGCCUGCGUACACGUGGAUGCUGCAUCAACGUUUCGAUUCGGACAACCAAACUGUUCGCGACGAGAACGAGUUAGGAGGGUUCGAAAAAUAUCCCAGGUAUAUCUCGUAUAUCGUGUCGAGAAUAAUCGGGGCUGACGGAUUAGACGUACCGAAGGAACAAUUGGAAAAGGAUAUCGACGAUAUACUCGACUUCCAAUGGAAAUUGUCCAAGAUCACUAGUUUAGUGGACGAUUACGUGAGCAUGACAGUAAAGAACUUCCAAGAGUGGUACAAUGAUUUAAAACCGAGUACAGAAAAGUCUGUGCUCGUUUGGACCAAGAAAAUAGCCAGCGUUUUCAAGCAAUUGGACAUCGAUAUUCCCGAGGACACGGCAAUAAAAAUAACUUCUCCAGGUUAUUUCGAGAGGUUAGUACCACUUCUGGACGAAACUCCAAGCAGAACAAUAGCGAACUAUCUUCACUGGAACUUCGUCUCGAGUACAAUCGCGAGGACGACCAACGAGAUGAGGGAACUGUCCGAGUGGAUUAAAGGCGAGGAGAAGCAACAAGCCAGGUCAGAAUUAUGCUUGACGGAGCCGAGAAUGGACGACGUCAUCGCGUACGAAUAUUCCAGGAGAUAUUUCUCCAACGACACCGUGGAAUUGGCUUCGGACGCUUUAAACGAUAUGGAGAGGGAGAUGGAAAUUGAGAUCGAAGGAUCGAAUUGGGCGAAUCGGGAGAUUAAGAAUUUAGCUUUGAGGAGGAUUAGGUUAAUUAAGAGAAAUAUCGCUUACCCUGAUUGGUAUAACAAUAAGACUAUCAUGGAGAAUUAUUUCGGAGAGCUUACAAUGGGAUCGACGUACUUUGAAAAUGCUCUGGAGCUUGAGAAGUACUAUAAAUUGAGGGAACUGCGACGUUUGAAGCACGAAGAUGAAGUAGAAUCGUGGAUUGUGGGUCCUUUGACAAUUAAUUCUUUCUACUUCAGCGAAUCUAACUCGAUAACUGUGCCUCUGGCCAAUCUGCAGGAACCAUUUUUCACCAGAGCACAACCGAAUACGAUCAAUUAUGCGGUGACAGGAUAUACGUUAGCCCAUGAAAUGUAUCAUCCAUUCGACGAAGAAAGACGACUUUACAAUGAAUACGGCAAGAAGAUAAGUUGGCCAGAAGAAAUGACGGAGGAGUACUAUAAAAGUGCACGGUGCUUCGUUGAGCAGUACAAUAAUUAUACUCUGGAUGGAACACCGAACGGUCCAAGAAUCGAGAAUUAUGGCAAUCAGACUUUCGACGAAAACAUGCCAGACACCAUGGGAUUGAUUGCUGCAUUUAGAGCGUAUAAACGAAGGGAGAGUAUAAAAGGAAAGGCAGAAUUAUCAUUGCCUGGCUUGGAGACGUUCACAAACAACCAAAUUUUCUUUCUGUCUUUCACCAACGUAUGGUGCACAAGUAGAGAUCAUGGACCGUCACUCGCAGAAGCCAAAUUAAACACGCACAGUACAGCACGGUUGAGGUCCAUUGGUUCCCUUUCGAAUAAUCAAGAUUUUGCAAACACAUUUUCCUGUCCAUUGGGCAGCCCUAUGAAUCCAGAGAAGAAAUGCAAUAUUUGGAAAAUGGAGGAUUCCCUGGUUAGCACAGGCCAAUGA